GAGAGUGCAUGGUCGACACCAGUCGAGAAACCAGCUGGGACGUGAGACUGUCGACUGAAGCGCCUCUACAUAUUAUUCGGAACGGAUUCAUGCGAGCCGAUCAAGGCAGCCAGUGUAUCGCAAGUGCGCACACUUGACCGGAUCGUUCUAAAAAAUUGUGAGAUUCCAUCGUAUAGUACUGUGGUGGACCCAAUAAAUUAAUACAAUUUGUUUCUUAUCAAGUGACGAUUAACUCCAAAAGUGUAUUCGCGGCGAUGUCAAGUGCCGCGAAAUCAUGAUUUCCGCGCCUUAAACAAACUUUUUUCUUGUACUCAAGUGUCUGGAACUGAAGGUGCAUACGCGGCAAAGUACGUGUUUUUUCAUAUUCUGUUUUUUGACGUACGAUCAUUCGAUCGGGAAACAUGUAUUCUGAUGGUCACGAGGUAGACGGCAGCUGGGUGCUGCGCGUUUACGUGACCGAUCUUCAAGUAGAGAGAAGCUUACGAGUAAAAGGAGAACUUCAUAUUGGCGGUGUCAUGCUUCGACUGGUCGAAGAUCUCGACAUCGCCAUGGACUGGUCGGAUCACGCGUUAUGGUGGCCGGAGAGGAAUCACUGGUUGACGAGAACGAGAAGCACUCUGGACCAGUAUGGGGUCGCCGCCGAUGCCCUCCUGCACUUCACACCGAUGCACAAGACUCUGAGAGUCCAACUGCCCGAUAUGCGCUGCCUCGAUUGCAAAGUCGACUUCUCUGUGAAAACGUUCAACGCCGUGAUUAAUUUAUGCAAGGAAUUAGGUAUCAGACAUCCAGAGGAGUUGUCGUUCUGCAAACCGCUCGAGCCGAAUCAUCUGAAAUACAAUUUGAAAGAUCUGCCGGCCAAGAAGAAGAUCGAGAACCAGAAGAACGGGCAUUGGAACGUUCCAGCGGAUACGAACACGUUCAUCCCGGUGAGCCAAAGUCCCAGGGGAUCGACGGGUAGCCUGGAUCAGAGCAGCCCUUUCAUGUGCGCGCCGGUCACACCCAACAACAGAAAUCACAGCACGCCGAUCAGCUCACCCGUCUCGCAAACCGGUACCUGGAAGAGGAACAACAACUCGUCAGGUUUCGGUAGCACCGGCUCAUUCAACGCAAACAACAGUACCAUGAGUCUAGAAGUGUUGAACGGUGGACUGUCCGAGUCGUUGGCCCAGAGUCCUGCCACGAUCUCGCCGGAGGUGAGGGCAAAGUUGAUCAGGCCGAAGAAUCUUGUUGAGCGCGCAAGAAUGAACGUUGCCUGGCUCGAUUCAUCGUUGUCGAUCAUGGAGCAGGGAAUACGCGAAUUCGACACCCUCAGGUUGAAGUUCAAGUUCUAUUCGUUCUACGAUCUGAACCCGAAAACCGACGCUGUCAGGAUCAACAUGAUUUACGAGCAGGCCAAAUGGCAGCUGCUCGCCGAGGAGAUCGACUGCACCGAGGAGGAGAUGCUCAUGUUCGCUGCGUUGCAGGUGCAAGUGAAUCUUCAGGCGAGUGUACCGCAGCCGAGUUACGACAGCAAUGGCGCCGCCUCCCCGAUCGAGGAUGACAUUGACGCAGCCUUGACGGAUCUCCAAGUGACCCUCGAGGGCAGUAACAUCAGUAACGGGCCCAGCGACAUCACUCAAGUGCCGGAGUUGUGCGACUACCUGCGUUUCUUGAAGCCCAAACGUUUCACUUUGAAGGCGUUUAAACGCUAUUGGGUCACGUGCAGGGACCUUCAGUUGAGAUUGUACAAGAGCCGGGAGGAGACGAACAGUACCGAGUCGCCUGCCCACGUGAUCAAUUUGCGUGGAUGCGAGGUCACGCCCGAUGUCCAUCUCUCGCAAGGUCGUUAUGGAAUCAGGUUGGAGGUGCCUAGUGCCGAGGGCAUGACCGAGAUGUGGAUCAGAUGCGACAACGAACAGCAAUAUGCUAAAUGGAUGGCGGCGUGUAGAUUGGCAGCCAAGGGUCGCUCCCUCGCGGACGCUUCUUACGAAAGCGAGGUAAACAGUAUCACUGCCUUCUUGCAAUUGCAGAGGCCCGCCCCUGCACCUGCGAUCAACCCAAACGCUCUUGAUAUCGUGCCCGAGGAUUAUGUUGCUCCCAGAUUCGUGAAGAAGUUCAAAGGAAAGUUGGUCCAGAGGAUUUUAGAAGCACACGCCAACGUUAAGGAUCUACCUUUGAUCGAGGCUAAAUUGAAUUACAUCAAAGCCUGGCAAUCUCUUCCCGAGUAUGGGAUCUCUCUCUUCGUAGUCAGAUUCACUGCGAAGAGCAAGGACGAAUUGUUGGGUAUCGCUAAUAAUAGGCUGAUGCGGAUGGAGCUGCACAGUGGUGAUCACUUGAAAACUUGGAGAUACAACACGAUGAAGGCAUGGAACGUAAACUGGGAAGUGAAGCAUAUGAUGGUCCAAUUCGAAGAAGAGAAUAUUAUCUUUGAGUGUCAGUCCGCAGACUGUAAAGUUGUUCACGAGUUCAUCGGAGGAUAUAUAUUUUUGUCGAUGCGAUCGAAGGAGGCAAAUCAAACGUUGAAUGAAGAGAUGUUUCAUAAACUAACUGGUGGAUGGGUUUAACGAGUCGUGAGAAAUUUAUGAGAUGAUAUUUCUUUAAAAAAACUUACAUUUAUCGAAGCAUAAUUUGUUGUCAUACGUGGAAACGGAAAGCUCUGAUCUGAGAAACAACGAGACACGUUGGUUGACAUUUGUAAAAAAUACUUAAAUAUAUAACUUUAGAUGUUUUGUUAAAGUAUUUGUAAAUAGAGAAAUUGUAUCGUUUGUAUACAAUUGCCGCGCUCAUUAAGAGUGUAACUUUUAUUUCACAUAGGAAAUUAAUCGUUUUUAGCGAAUUAAUCGUUCACCUGAAGUACGAGAAGGUCGAGCCAUUGUAACCUGAAGAUAAAAAAAGUUUGUAAAGCAAUUUAGCGGGUUAAUAGCGAAUUUUGUAUAUGAUCAUAAAAUAAUAUUUACUGAUGUCUUGUUACGUAGAACAUAAAUUGUAAAACACGCACAAGAUUCGAUCAGACUAAACCGCGCCCUUUUCUACACGCAAUAUUGUUGAAGAUCACGAACUAAUUAAUAUUUUUACAGAUAAGCAUGUUAUAUUCGAGCUGCCCUCUAGACUCAACCUCAUUAGAUAAUAUUCUUUAUAAUAUUUUUUUUUUCUCGCCAAGUCAACCUCUUUCAGGCAAAAUAUACGUGUAGUUUUAACAUCAGGGGUGCUAUGCUGAGCGAGAUUGACUUAGACGCGAAGAUUAUAUUAAAUUGUGUAAAUUAUUUGUUGUUUUAAUGUAAACUAUAUAUAUUAAAAAUAUUUACUUGUACCGUUACAUAUUAUCUUCUUAUAUUGUAUCACGUUUUCGAACGUGUAAAAAUUAUAGUUUUGUAUAUUGAUAGAUACUAGUUGUACAAUAAAUUUAAUUAUUAUCA